AAUGAGGCUGUACGACACCGCUGCAAGGAUUUGUGGGUUUACAUGGCUGCGCCCUGUGAAGCCAUGUUGAUUUAUAUCCUACUGACUUUAUUCUGAAUAAUAUGAAUUUGUGAAAUGACGUACAUGAGCACAUAAACAUGUGGGAUCAAGUUCGUAAACUACAAAAGAACAAAACCGUGAAAUAUGGGAUCCCGAUGCUGCUUCUGAUCGUGGGAGGGUCGUUUGGAUUGAGAGAAUUCACUCAGAUUAGGUAUGAUGUGCAGAAGAUCAAAAAGAAGCUGGACCCGACACUGGAAGCUCGGGUGAACACUCAAAAACAGUCUGUCAUCCUCGAGGAAGAGUAUGAGAAAUUGAAAGAAAAGGACUUGGGUGGAUGGCAGAACAUCCGUGGCCCUCGUCCCUGGGAGGAUUCCAGGGAGACCCAGGACCAGCAGCGAUCGCGGCUCAAUAAAGGCACAUAGAACUGAAAGUUUAAACUUCACCUUUUGGCCCUAAGAUGUAAGACACUUCAAACCAGUGCAGUCUAUACCUUGGUUGUCACUGCUUACUAGAUCAGCACUAUUAUGUUAUUGUAUACCUAGACCAGAAACUACCGAUUUGGAUUUAUUGUUGGAAAGAUACUUUUCUAAUACACUUUUGUGGCUGGAUAUGUGUAUAGUACGUACUCUGUACAGUGUCUUAUUUAUGGUGUCAGGCAGACUGUAACUAACUCUUAUGCCUUGUGUGUUACCUUGUCAGUUCACAAGCACAGUAAUACAUAACUCAAGACCCA